AUGAUACUGCGCGCGGCAAUCUUCGUCUUGCUGGCGCUGGUAUCGCUGGCGUUUUGCGCCGAGGACUUCUACAAAAUUCUAGGAGUCGACAAAGCUGCGUCAGACAAGCAGCUCAAGCAGGCCUACCGCCAGCUCUCCAAGAAAUACCACCCAGACAAGAACCCAGGCGACGAGACGGCACAUGAGAAAUUCGUCCAGGUCUCCGAGGCCUACGAAGUCCUAAGCGAUUCCGAGCUUCGCAAGGUCUACGACCGCUACGGUCACGACGGCGUCAAGUCCCAUCGCCAGGGCGGCGGCGGCGGCGGAGGAGGCGACCCCUUCGACCUGUUCAGCAGAUUCUUUGGCGGCCACGGCCACUUUGGGAGAAACAGCCGCGAGCCCCGAGGCAGCAACAUCGAGGUCCGCGUCGAGAUCUCCCUCCGCGACUUCUACAACGGCGCAACGACCGAGUUCCAGUGGGAGAAGCAGCACAUCUGCGAAAAGUGCGAGGGCACGGGCAGCGCGGACGGAAAGGUCGAGACGUGCAACGUCUGCGGUGGGCACGGGGUCCGAAUUGUCAAGCAGCAGCUCGUGCCCGGCAUGUUCCAACAGAUGCAGGUUCGCUGCGACCACUGUGGCGGCUCGGGCAAGACCAUCAAGAACAAGUGUCCCGUCUGCCACGGCAACCGAGUCGAGCGCAAGAUGGCGACCAUCAGCCUGACCGUCGAGAGGGGCAUUGCUCGGGAUGCCAAGGUGGUGUUUGAGAACGAAGCCGACCAGAGCCCCGAUUGGGUUCCCGGCGACCUCAUUGUCAACCUGGGCGAGAAGGCUCCGUCAUACGAGGAUAACCCCGAUCGCGUCGACGGCACCUUUUUCCGGCGCAAGGGCCACGACUUGUACUGGACGGAGGUUCUGUCGCUGCGGGAGGCCUGGAUGGGUGGCUGGACUCGCAACCUCACGCACCUCGACAAGCACGUCGUGCGUCUUGGGCGCGAGCGAGGCCAAGUCGUUCAGAGCGGAUUGGUAGAAACCAUUCCUGGCGAAGGCAUGCCUAUAUGGCACGAAGAGGGAGAGAGCGUCUACCAUACACACGAGUUUGGAAACCUAUACGUCACAUACGAAGUCAUCUUGCCAGACCAGAUGGACAAAAAGAUGGAGAGCGAAUUCUGGGACCUGUGGGAGAAGUGGCGGCUGAAGACUGGCGUGGACCUGCAAAAGGACCUCGGGCGGCCUGACCCAGCGCACGGGCAUGAUGAGUUAUGA